UCGAAAUGUUAUACGAAACAGCUGUUUGCUUGAAUCAUUUAGAGUCAGUAGCACACUUGACUGAAACUGGAGCAGUUUAAGAAUAAAGUGCUUUUAUUUUAAGAUAAAUCUCGACCAAGGGAUAUGUUUUAUUCUUUUUUAAAAAAUCAUUUUUUCAAUUCCAGCCAAUCUCAAUGAAUUUUCUUCGUAAAAAAACUCGCAAUGUUGAUAGCAAUAGAACAAAAUCUGUUUAUGAUUCUCUCAAAAAUGAAAUGUAUUCAUCGGCGAUUUUCGCACUAAACGUCAAGUGUUUGUACAAAUUAUUCGAUUGGUUAACAUUGAAGGAGCUAAAUGCAUUGGCCGGUACAUGUAAACGAUUCAAUAUAAUCUGUGGUGCAUAUUUUUUGCAAAAUUUUUCGCCAAGCGCUGUUUGUAUUGACGACGGAAUCGUUGUUUAUCGCCAUAGAUUUCGUGGCACCAUUUUUGGUUAUAAAUUGAAUGCAUUUUCGAAAUAUAUGGAAAAAAUUACGAUCCCAACGGGAAGAUUGAGCCAAUUUCGAUAUGUUGAAUUCAACUGCGUUGAGUCAUUGAUCGAGCUUUGUUUUGUCGAUGUCGAUCUAACUGAUGUUAAAAUCAAACGCAUCAAGCAUAUUUUGGGCCGAAUUGAAACCGUUGAAUUGAUCGAUUGUCACGUUCACGUUCAAUUUUAUGAUGGUUUCAUAAAAUAUUGUUAUAAAUUAAAGCGUUUAAAGUUGUCAAAUGUUGAACUAAAAUAUGGAAACGACUGGAUGCUUCGAAAUUUCAGCACGUUGGAACAUUUACAAUUGAUAAAAUGCAAGAAUAUCAAACGAAGUGAGCUCGAAGUACUGUUCGAGAUGAAUCCGAACAUUUGGAGUUUUGAAAUCGACGCGGAUCUCUUGUGGGAGAAUAAAAUGGUCAUCUUAGAAACAGGCGUUAAAUGGAAUGACUUGAUCGUUCAUGUAACACAUCCGAGAAAUACAAUUACCAUUUCGAUUUAUAGUUUACUAAAUACAUUCCAUACCAGGGGCCAUUUCAAGCGACUGCACUUGCGAUGUGGAGACAUGUUGAGUCAACCGUUUAUCGAUCGAAUUCGAUACCUUAAUGCACUUGAAACGUUGCAUGUAAAAGGGGAACCAGGCUGUGUACUGUCUCGUUUGUAUGAUUUAAAAGAAUUGCACACCUUUUCCGGCAAUUUAAACAUGGAUGAAUCGGCAAAGAACUUAUUAAGUUUGGAAAAAGUCGUCUUUUGGGAUACAACUAUUGAGGAUGUUGUGUCGAUCAUUCGAAAAUCGGUAAAAUUAAAAGAGAUCCAAAUUCGAACGCUCAAAGAAAAAGGACGAUUCAGUGCACACUUUAAUGCAAAGAAUUAUUUUCAACAAGGUGCACUCAAUCUAAUAGCACUUAAUGGAGAGAGGAAACAAUUAUCGGGAGCAGACACAGUUACAAUUUUUGUUAGUGAAGACAUUUUUCUCGCUACCAAAUGGACAACGGACGAAACUAGUCAUGGUUUGAUCGAACUUAAACGGAUCAUGCUACAUGAUUGGAACACAUUGUUUUUGAAAUUAUGAUUCAUUCACCCGCAUUCACCGAGAUAGAGUUCACCAUACGAGAUACGUGGUCAUUUUUAACGAUAAGCCAACGGCGUUUUAUUUAUGGAUAACAAUGAUUUUUUCUGUAAACAUUCAUAAUAGUUUAAAAUUAUUCAAAGGUCAAAGGCUCUUGCUAGAAUAUUAUUGUAAUUUUAUCUUAAAAUAUAAUCUCUUUAUGUCAGACAUGUCGAAUAUAAGCGUAUAAUUUGAAUAGUUUGACAAUGGAAUGCGUAAUACUCAUAAUAAAUAUAAAUUCAUAUCAGUUUCAAGUAA